GCUACAAAUCUAUCUCGACAUGAAGUUCCUCAUUGUCUUCGUUGCUCUGUUCGCUCUGGCAUUGGCUGCCCCCACAGAUGUUGAAAUUGUGCACCAGGAAUCUGAUGUCCAGCCUAAUGGUUUCAAGAACUCAGUGGCGUUGACUGAUGGAUCUAAGGCAGAGUCCCAAGGUGAACUUAAGAACGCAGGCACAGAACAUGAGGCAAUUUCAGUCAAAGGCUCGUUCAGCUAUGUUGCUCCUGAUGGUCAGGUAUACACUGUAACCUACACUGCCGAUGAGAAUGGUUUCCAGCCACAGGGUGCGCACCUUCCGAUUGUCUAA